AUGGCGUCCGGCGGCGGUGGCUGUAGCGCUUCGGAGAGACUCCCCCCGCCCUUUCCCUGCCUGGACCCGGAGUCCGAGGGGGCGGCUGGCGGGUCAGACCCCGAGGCUGGGGACAGCGACACUGAGGGGGAGGAUAUUUUCACCGGCGCCGCGGCGACCAUUAAGUCCCAGUCUCCAAAGAGAGCUGAUUCCCUGGUUCUCGUCAAUAGUGGCUCCAGAGAAAAUGGGGUCCAUGAGGACCAAGACCAAGAGCCCCAGGAUCUUUUUACAGAUGCCACAGUGGAGCUAUCCCUGGACAGUGCUCAGAACAACCAGAAGAAGAUAGCAGCCAGAACACUCGUUGCUCUUCCAUCACAGGAAGCCACACAUUUUUCUAAGCCCCAGCCAAGCUAUGAAGAGCUGGAGGAAGAGGAGCAGGAGGACCAGUUUGAUUUGACAGUCAGUGUAACUGAUCCUGAGAAGAUUGGGGAUGGGAUGAAUGCCUACGUCGCCUAUAAAGUUACAACACAGACGAGCUUACCAAUGUUCAGAAGUAAACAGUUUUCAGUGAAAAGAAGAUUUAGUGACUUUCUGGGUCUUUAUGAAAAGCUUUCAGAGAAACACGCUCAGAAUGGCUUCAUCGUCCCCCCUCCGCCUGAGAAGAGCCUAAUUGGAAUGACAAAAGUGAAAGUUGGGAAGGAAGAUUCUUCUUCUGCAGAAUUUCUUGAAAAACGAAGGGCUGCUCUAGAAAGGUACCUCCAGAGGGUUGUGAAUCACCCUACCAUGUUACAGGACCCUGACGUCAGGGAGUUCCUGGAAAAGGAAGAGCUGCCGCGGGCGGUGGGUACCCAGACACUGAGUGGCGCUGGUCUCCUGAAGAUGUUCAACAAAGCCACGGACGCAGUCAGCAAAAUGACCAUCAAGAUGAAUGAAUCAGACAUUUGGUUUGAAGAGAAGCUCCAGGAGGUAGAGGGUGAGGAGCAGCGCUUACGGAAACUGCAUGCUGUGGUAGAAACUCUGGUCAACCACAGGAAAGAGCUAGCGCUGAACACAGCCCAGUUUGCAAAGAGUCUAGCCAUGCUCGGGAGCUCCGAGGACAACACGGCAUUGUCACGGGCACUCUCCCAGUUGGCUGAGGUGGAAGAAAAAAUCGAGCAGCUUCAUCAGGAACAGGCCAACAGUGACUUCUUCCUCCUGGCUGAGCUUCUGAGUGACUACAUUCGCCUCCUGGCCAUAGUCCGUGCGGCCUUUGACCAUCGCAUGAAGACAUGGCAGCGUUGGCAGGAUGCUCAAGCAACACUGCAGAAGAAGCGCGAGGCUGAGGCCCGGCUGCUGUGGGCCAACAAGCCUGACAAGCUGCAACUGGCCAAGGACGAGAUCUCAGAGUGGGAGUCGCGGGUGACUCAGUAUGAAAGGGACUUUGAAAGAAUUUCAACAGUGGUUCGAAAGGAAGUGAUACGAUUUGAGAAAGAGAAAUCCAAGGACUUCAAAAACCAUGUGAUCAAGUACCUGGAGACACUCCUGUAUUCACAGCAGCAGCUGGCAAAGUAUUGGGAAGCCUUCCUUCCAGAGGCAAAAGCCAUCUCUUAAUGGAUCAAGGACACCAAGCCCACCUGCCUGACGCUGCCUUUUUAUACACUGCCCGCCUCCACUUCUGAAGGACCGAGUGCUGCAUCCUGCCUCGCCCAGACGUAACCCUGUCCUCUCUGCCCUACAACCAGCCCUCCCCAGUCACUCGAACUGUGUUUUAUUUAGCUUCCAUAUAUAUUUUCUUACCUAAGAGAAUAGUUUCCUGCUUUAAGCAAAGACCUACACUAGGUGGUGGAAUUAUGGGACAGAAGUCGGUAUUGAUAUAAAUAUAUAAAGACAAAUGUUUAUUUUUCAGGAUGUGGUUUAGGAACUAACUGGGAAUAACGUUUUCUGUUACUCCUGAGGGUGCCAUGAAAGAUGACGUAAUAAAAUGCUUUCAAGUCA